CAUCGCUCCCGGCCCCGCCCCCCACGCAUGGCGGCGGAGGAGGGGAAGCUCUUUGUGGGGGGCCUCAACUACGACACGGACGAGCAGGGGCUGGAGCAGCACUUCAGCUCCUUCGGGCCCAUCGCCGAGGUGGUGGUGGUGAAGGACCGGGAGACCCAACGUUCCCGUGGGUUUGGCUUCGUCACCUUCACCAACCCUGAGCACGCGAGCGACGCCAUGAGGGCCAUGAACGGCGAGUGCCUGGACGGGCGGCAGAUCCGGGUGGAUCACGCCGGGAAAUCGCCCCGCGGUGCCCGAGGGGGCUACGGGGGGGGCCGGGCCCGGGGCCGAGGCUACGCUCGAGGAGGAGGUGACCGUGGCUACGGGGGCCGCUACGAGGGGCGCAGCGGGGGGGGCUACGGGGGCUCCCGUGACUACGGUGGCCGGAACCAGGGGGGCUACGGCGAGCGCUUCCCCUCGGCCUCGUACCGGGACAACUAUGACAACUGAGCUUGGACCCUCGGUGCUGGAUUUCAGGGGGGGCCCCUCCUCCCCCGGGCCAUGGAUGGACGCCGAGGGGGGAGUGGGACAUGGUGGGGGGGUGUGAAGGUGGGGAGAACCCUCAAUUUGUACUCCCCUGUGUCCUAUUAAAGGUCAGACCCUCUCUGA